CAGCGCCCAUGAAGUAACGAUAACUGAAUGCAGCGUAAAUGAAACAAAAGAAUUUAAGUUAAAUACGCAUUUAAGAGGCGAACUAUUACACAUACAUAAUUAUUUUAAAGUGCGAAAUAUAUCAGGGCCGAAUCGGAAUAGAGUACAUUCGCACUUGACUAAUUUCAACUCUGCAAUGUUGACACCAAAGUCAGUUUUGAUUACCGGUUCCAGUCAGGGCAUUGGCCUGGAGUUUGUUAAAGCCUUCCUGAAGUUGACAUCUCCUCCAAAACAUAUAUUCGCUUCUUGUAUCAACAAAGAACAAGCGGGGGAUCUGGACGAAAUAGCAAAGACCAAUCCAUGCGUGAAAGUCAUUGAACUAGAUGUCGAGAAACAAGAUUCAGUUGAAAAGGCACGCGAUGUUGUACAGUCGACAGUCCAAGAUGAAGGUCUGAAUUUACUUGUAAACAACGCAGGAAUACUGAAACGGAUGGGCUUCCAUGAUGUAACACGUGAAGAUAUGAGAAAACAUUACGAAGUAAACUGCAUUGGUCCACUAAUGAUGGCAAAGACAUUUUAUCCACUAUUGAAACAAGCAGCAAGUCGAUGUCCAGGUGAACCCAUGUCUUGUAGUAAAGCUGCCAUUAUCAAUGUUGGUUCAGGUCAAGGGUCAAUAACAGAAAAUGCAUCCAGCGGAAUGUACCCAUACAGGGCAUCAAAGUGUGCACUAAACAUGAUGAUGACAUGUUGGAGCAUUGAUUUGAAAGCAGACGGUAUACUGUGUGCAUCAAUAGCCCCAGGCUGGGUAAGAACCUCCAUGGGAGGUCAGAACGCUGCUGUUACCACGGAAGAAAGCUUGAAAGCCAUGUUUGAAACCAUGGAGAAGCUUGGGGAUGAAGAUACUGGCAAAUUUUUACAUGCAACAAGAGGAGGAACUGUGGUACCCUGGUAGAUCCAGCUCUGGAGAUUGUU